AUGGUGUGGUGCGGCAUGGUGCGGCAUGGUGUGGUGUGGUGCGGCAUGGUGUGGUGCGGCAUGGUGUGGUGGUGGCGGUAUGGUGCGGCGUGGUGCGGUGGUGUGGUGCGGCAUGGUGCGGUAUGGUGUGGUGCGGUGGUGGUGUUGUGCGGCGUGGUGCGGUGCGGCAUGGUGUGGUGCGGUGUGGUGCGGUAUGGUGUGGUGCGGCGUGGUGUGGUGCGGUGGCAUGGUGCGGCAUGGUGCGGCGUGGUGUGGUGCGGCAUGGUGCGGGUGGUGUGGUGCAGCAUGGUGUGGUGCGGCGUGGUGUGGUGCGGCAUGGUGUGGUGCGGCAUGGUGUGGUGUGGUGCGGCGUGGCAUGGUGUGGUGUGGUGCGGUGUGGUGCGGCAUGGUGUGGUGGUGCGGCAUGGUGUGGUGCGCGUGGUGCGGUAUGGUGCGGUGCGGGUGUGGUGUGGUGCGGUAUGGUGCAGCGUGGUGUGGUGCGGCGUGGUGUGGUGCGGCGUGGUGGUGCGUGGUGUGGUGGGCGUGGUGUGGUGCGGCAUGGUGCGGCGGCGUGGUGUGGUGCGGCGUGGUGUGGGUGCGGUGCGGUGUGGUGCGGCAUGGUGUGGUGCGGCGUGGUGUGGUGCGGCGUGGUGCGGCGUGGUGUGCGGCAUGGUGUGGCGGUGGUGUGGUGCGGCAUGGUGUGGUGUGGUGCGGUGUGCGUGGUGUGGUGUGUGCAUGGUGUGGUGCGGCAUGCGUGGUGCGGGUGCGGCGUGGUGCGGCGUGGUGUGGCGCGGUGGUGCGGCGGGUGCGGCAUGGUGUGGUGCGGUAUGGUGUGGUGCGGCAUGGUGCGGUGUGGUGCGGCGUGGUGUGGUGCGGCGUGGUGCGGCGUGGUGCGGCGUGGUGCGGCGUGGUGCGGUGCGAAAAAGCGUGGUGUGGUGCGGCGUGGUGUGGUGCGGCAUGGUGUGGUGCGGCAUGGUGCGGUGUGGCGUGGUGCGGUGUGGUGUGGUGCAGCGUGGUGUGGUGUGGUGCAGCAUGGUUUGGUGUGGUGCAGCAUGGUGUGGUGUGGUGCAGCGUGGUGUGGUGUGGUGCAGCGUGGUGUGGUGUGGUAGCAUGGUGUGGUGUGGUUCGCUCCACUGCACUUUCUGCACCCAUGUGACCACCACUGCUGUCUGUGAGAGGAGGCUGAGAGGAGUUGGACUUUACACAUCAUUAGCCAAGACCAUCAAGAACACCGUGUCUGUGAACCUGGAGCUGACUGCUGAGGAGUGGAAGAACAAGUACAACAAGGAGAAAGACAAGAACAAGAGUCUGAAGAACGUUAUCCACAGGCUGGAGAUGGAGCUCAACCGCUGGAGGAACGGUGAGAAUGUCCCUGAGGAGGAGCAGCUGAGUGCUAAGGAGCAGAAGCACCUGGAGCCGUGUGACAACACUCCCAUCAUAGAUAACAUGGCUCCAGCUAACGGACUGGUUCUGGUCUCCACCGAGGAGAAGAGCAAGUACGAGGAGGACAUCAGCAAUCUGUACAAACAACUGGACGACAAGGAUGAUGAGAUCAACCAGCAGAGCCAGCUGGCUGAGAAACUCAAGGAACAGAUGUUAGACCAGGAUGAGCUGCUGGCGUCGACGAGAAGGGACUAUGAGAAGAUCCAUGAGGAUCUGUCUCGUCUGCAGACGGAGAACGAGGCUGCCAAGGAGGAGGUGAAGGAGGUGCUGCAGGCGUUGGAGGAGCUGGCUGUGAACUACGACCAGAAGAGCCAGGAGGUGGAGGACAGGAGCCAGGCCAACCAACAGCUGCAGGAGGAGCUGCAGCAGAGGACUACGGUCCUGUUGUCAGUCCAGAUGGAGCUGAACUCGCUCCAGGAGCUCAGUGGACACCAGAAGAAGAGAGCCGCAGAGAUCCUCCACCUGCUGCUCAGAGAGCUCAGUGAGAUAGGAGCCACCAUGGGCACCGGCGACAUCAAGGUGAUGGCUGAGGGGAACGGUAACGGUGGAGUGAUUGAGGAAGAGUUCACCAUGACCCGUCUCUACAUCAGUAAGAUGAGGUCAGAGGUCAAGUCUCUGGUGAACCGCUCCAAGCAGCUGGAAAACUCCCAGGGUGACACCUCACGCAAGAUGGCCGCCAACGAGAAGGAGCUGGCUUCCUGUCAGCUGCUCAUCUCCCAGCACCAGGCCAAGAUCAAGUCCCUGACAGACUACAUGCAGAACAUGGAACAGAAGAAGAGACAGCUGGAGGAGAGUCAGGACGCUCUGACUGAGGAGCUGGCCAAGAUGCACGCCCAGGAGAAAAUGCACGAGGUGUCAGUGGUGGACACGGAGAAGGAGCACGUCAGUAGACUGGAGGGUGAAGAGGAGGUUAAGAAGACUCUAGAACAGCAGAUGGAGGCUCACAGAGAGGCCCACCAGAAGCAGCUGGCCCGACUCAGGGACGAGAUCGAUGACAAACAGAGGACGCUGGAUGAACUCACAGAUCUGAACCAGGGCCUGAUGCUGGAGCAGAGGAGGCUGAUGUCUGACCAUGAGAAGCUGAAGGUGGAGGAACAGGAGAAGGACAUGAAGCUCCAGAAGCUGGUCAUCUUCAACGAGCAGAGGGAGCAGGCCAGACAGGACCUCAAGGGACUGGAGGAGACUGUGGCCAAAGAGCUGCAGACUCUUCAUAACCUACGUAGACUCUUUGUUCAAGACCUCACCACACGCGUCAAGAAGUUGGUGCGUGACAACGCGGACCUGCGCUGCGAGCUUCCCAAGCUGGAGAAGCGCCUGCGGGCCACGGCCGAGCGGGUGAAGGCCCUGGAGAAUGCCCUGAAGGAUGCCAAGGAGAACGCUAUGAGGGACAGGAAACGCUACCAGCUAGAGGUGGACCGCAUCAAGGAGGUCGUCAGGGCCAAGAACAUGGCCAGGAGAGGAAACUCCGCUCAGAUCGCUAAGCCCAUCCGGCCAGGCCAACACCCCCUGUCUUCCCCUACAGUCAUCAGAGGAGGAGGCCUCUACAGCCACAGCUACAACCUCAGCACCAAGUAACCAUGUACAAUCUAGACCCUGAGUCACGAGUGCAUGUGUGGUAGGUACAGACUGUCCCAUUCCCAGUAAGACCCCUCUGCCCUCAUCCUGUCCUUCCUUUGGGUCUAGGAGUAAGACCCCUCUGCCCUCAUCCUCCUGUCCUUCCUCUGGGUCUAGGAGUAAGACCCCUCUGCCCUCAUCCUCCUGUCCUUCCACUGGGUCUAGGAGUAAGACCCCUCUGCCCUCAUCCUCCUGUCCUUCCUCUGGGUCUAGGAGUAAGACCCCUCUGCCCUCAUCCUCCUGUCCUUCCUCUGGGUCUAGGAGUAAGACCCCUCUGCCCUCAUCCUCCUGUCCUUCCUCUG